AUGGCCAUUUCCAAGAAUUUACCAAUCUUAAAGAAUCAUUUCAGAAAGCACUGGCAAGAACGUGUUAAGGUGCACUUCGACCAAGCUGGUAAGAAGGUUUCUAGACGUAAUGCUAGAGCCACCAGAGCCGCCAAGAUUGCUCCAAGACCACUAGAUCUUUUGAGACCUGUUGUUAGAGCCCCAACUGUUAAGUACAACAGAAAGGUCAGAGCUGGUAGAGGUUUCACAUUGGCCGAAGUUAAAGCCGCUGGUUUGACUGCUGCUUAUGCCAGAACCAUCGGUAUUGCUGUUGACCACAGACGUCAAAACAGAAACCAAGAAAUCUUUGACGCUAACGUCCAAAGAUUGAAGGAAUACCAAUCCAAGAUUAUUGUUUUCCCAAGAAACGGUAAGGCCCCAGAAGCUGAACAAGUUUUGUCUGCUGCUGCUACUUUCCCAAUUGCUCAACCAACUACUGAUGUUGAAGCUAGAGCUGUCCAAGACAAUGGUGAAUCUGCUUUCAGAACCUUGAGAUUGGCCAGAUCCGAAAAGAGAUUCAGAGGUAUCAGAGAAAAGAGAGCUAGAGAAAAGGCUGAAGCUGAAGCUGAAAAGAAGAAAUAG